AUGAUGCUGCAGCGCGCUGCGUGUCGCCCCAGCGUCGGCGCCGGAGUCGGCCUCCGUCUCUCCUCAGCGCCGAGCACUGCUGUCCGUGCUGCUCCGCGCUGGACGCGUCUUUACUCGGCCGGCGGCCCUUCCAAGCCCAAGUCGUCAAGCCGCGUGUUGCCGGCCGUCGCUGCAGUCCUCGCAGGCGGUGUCGGGUACCAGCUCGCUCAGUACCAGAAGACGAGCAAAAGCGGCGCCAUUCCCACGCUUUCCGGCCCUGUCGAUCUCGACGCCCUGACCAAGUCGCCCGUCGACAGCGGCAGCUUCGAGACGGCAGAUGCGAAGCUUCGCGAGGAUGUGUUUGUCGGCUCAUUUACGGCUGAGGGCAAGAACACUCACGUUCACGCCGCCAGAGUCGCCAGCAACCACCCCGUCGAGGACAUGAUGGCCUUCUCCCUGGCCCCGGGCGUGGGCAAGUCCGAGACGCUCUUCAACGGAGUCUACGAUGGUCACGCCGGAUGGGCAACUUCAGUCGUGCUUAAGGACGCCCUCAUCCCUGCCGUCUCCGCCCCUCUAUCUCAGCUCCCCAGCGGGACCCCAGACAGCACCAUCGACACCACGAUCGUCAAGGCCUUCACCAACCUCGACGACCUUCUCUUCGCCAACGCCAAGAAAGCCGUAGAUGGCCUCAAAGCCGGCACCUGCGAGACUGCAGACUCCCGCGUGACCUCCGUCCUUGCCCCCGUCAUCGCUGGCUCCUGCGCCCUCCUCUCCAUCUUCGACCCCGUAACCUCCACCCUCCGCGUCGCCUGCACCGGCGACUCUCGCGCCGUCCUGGGCUCCAUCCCCGCCGGCGCCACCUCGUACUCCUCCCUUGAGCUUUCCAAGGACCAGAACGGCCGCAACCAGGACGAGUUCGACCGGCUCGCCAAGGAGCACCCCGGUGAGGAGGCUGACAUGAUCGAUCCCAAGUCAGGGCGCCUGUUCGGAAUAGCAGUCACGCGCGCCUUUGGCGACCAUCGCUGGAAAUGGGACAACGACUUCAUCACUCAUAUCCACCAGAACUUUUGGGGCACCGGCCCGCGCCCCAAGACCAAGACGGCACCCUACAUGACCGCCGCGCCCGUCGUCACGACAACCAAGAUUGAGAGCCCCGACUUUGUCAUCCUCGCGUCGGACGGCCUGUGGGACCACAUCUCGUCCAAGGACGCCGUGGAAUGCGUCUCCCAAUGGAUCGCGGCGAAGAAGGCCGGAAAGCAGACGCCGCAGGACAAGCUCGCCGCCACCCCCGGCCAGAAGAGCGAGCUCGACUUCACCUACGGCUGGCCUAACUGGUACGCCAAACCUGAGAACUUUGUUGUCGAGGAUCUCGACAACGCCGCCGUCCACCUCAUCAAGAACGCCCUGGGAGGUGCCCGGAGAACCCUCUUCACCGGUGUCGCCCUCGCGUACCCUCCCCUGUCGCGUAGUGUAAGAGACGAUGUCACAGUGCAGGUCAUCUUUUUCCAGGAUCCCGCGAAGUCGGGCUGA